AAGCCAUCAUUGACGGUCAGUGACAGUGUGGUGGCAUACUACUAUACAAUCUACAUAUAUAAUAUCAGUGAUAAUAUGAGGAUGUAUUGUACCAUGUGGUCCAUGUGCCGGAUAUUCUAUAACCUAAAUAGUUUAUAAUUGACGGGUAAAAUUUAUUUUCAAAAUGUAAGAUGCCAUUAAUGCGAUUUUUGUAAAAUAAUUUUCUCAUGAAAGUUGCAUAUAUUGUUUUAUUUGAAGAAAAUAUAUUACAGAAAUCUGUAAAACUGAGAAGACCGCCAAAAUGAUACAGAAUAAAUAUCGUGCGUCACGUUUAACUCCAAAGCAUUUAGACCCAAAAUGUCUAAUGUUUUCUAUGUUCACUGCAAAUGAUAUAAGAAAUUUAAGUGUUACUAAGAUACGAACACCUUUAUCAUUUAAUAUAUUAGGGCAUCCAUUGAAAGGGGGAUUAUACGAUCCAGCAUUAGGCCCUCUGAUAGAAAGUUCAGAUCCGUGUGGAACAUGUGGGUGCAAUGUAUUCAAAUGUUCAGGACACUUUGGACACAUAGAAUUACCUGUACCAGUUGUAAAUCCAUUGUUUCAUAAAGCAUUAAGCAUGUUGAUUAAAUUAACGUGCUUGAACUGCUUUGUUUUGCAAAUUCCAGCUUAUGUAAAGUUAUUGUUGUCCGCAAAAUUGAAAUUACUUCAGCAAGGAUUGCUUAGCGAAUUAGAAGGAUUGGAACAAGAAGUAAUGACUGUUGUUUCAAAUUCGAGCAGCCCUUUCGAAGUUGAUUUGCAAUGUGUUCAAAAUGUUAUUGAUAAUUAUACAGAGAAUCUUAUUAAUCAAUCAAGAUUUAAUCAGUCAUUUAUGCAAUGCAAUGAAAUUCAAUUGAAUACAAAAAAUAUCAACAUGCAGUGGCAUACAUAUGUAGAAAAUAUUCUCAAACAAUAUACAACGCCAAAAAUUUGUGUAUAUUGUCAACAACCCAUACCGAAACUCUCAACAUUAAAGAAUAAAAUUAUGACUACUAAAGUACCCAAUACAGCUGCUGAAAAGGAACAUUCACGUGGAGUUAUUCAUAAAUUAGAAACGAUUAUGAUAAUGCCAGAUCAGUCUAAGGAUUAUCUCAGAAACCUUUGGCAAAAUGAAAAAGAUUUUCUCAAAAUAAUUAUUCCUUGCUUUGGAAUGGUAGACAUUGAAUAUCCGACUGAUAUAUUUUUUUUCGAAAUAAUACCAGUUUUGCCACCUAUAGUUAGGCCAGUUAAUUUUGUUAAUGGCCAAAUGAUCGAACAUCCACAAUCUCAAGUGUACAAAAGUAUUAUUCAAGACUGUCUUGUUCUGAGAAAUAUUAUUCAGACGAUUCAAGAUGGAGAUACAAAUCAAUUACCAGAAGAGGGUAAGGUAGUCUUUGAACAAAUAAAAGGUAGUACAGCGAUUGAAAAAUUACACAAUGGUUGGCAAAGUUUACAAAUAAAUGUAGAUCAUUUAAUGGAUCGUGAUAUGAAUAAAACGGCAGAUUCUGUAAACUGUCAAGGAUUGAAACAAGUUAUAGAAAAAAAAGAAGGUGUGAUUAGAAUGCAUAUGAUGGGUAAAAGAGUAAACUUUGCAGCUCGUUCGGUUAUUACACCUGACCCUAAUUUGAACAUAGAUGAAAUUGGCAUUCCCGAAACUUUUGCCCUAAAAUUAACGUAUCCAGUACCUGUUACACCUUGGAAUGUUGUGCAUUUAAGACAAUUGGUUUUGAAUGGUCCCGAUGUUCAUCCAGGUGCUGUACUGGUCGAGCACGAAGAUGGAAGCGUACAACGUAUUUCCUCUGAUAGCGCUGUCCAACGAGAAGCCGUUGCGAAACGUCUUUUAACAACAAGCGAUAAAGCAAAUAAAUUUUUUAAAGGUAUUAAAAUUAUACACAGACAUUUACAAAAUGGAGACGUCUUAUUAUUGAAUCGUCAACCAACAUUGCAUAAGCCUAGUAUAAUGGCUCACAAAGCACGUAUUUUGAAAGGAGAAAAAACAUUACGUCUUCAUUAUGCUAAUUGCAAAGCUUAUAACGCAGACUUUGAUGGUGACGAAAUGAACGCACAUUUUCCCCAAAAUGAACUUGCUAGAAGCGAAGGAUACAAUAUAGCUAACGUAUCCAAACAGUAUCUUGUACCUAAAGAUGGUACUCCAUUAAGUGGUCUUAUUCAAGAUCAUGUAAUUUCUGGUGUCCGUUUAACGACAAGGGGAAUGUUUUUUUCACGCAAAGAUUAUAUGCAAUUAGUCUAUGCUGCUUUGUCUACGAUACAAGAAAAUAUAAUUCUUGUUCCUCCUAGUAUUAUAAAACCAAUACCAUUGUGGUCUGGUAAACAAAUCAUAUCCACCGUUAUCAUUAAUAUUAUUCCAUUGAAUCAAGCACGUAUCAAUUUAACAUCAAGUGCUAAGAUUAAUGCAAAAGAAUGGCAAGUUGCGAAGGCACGGCGUUGGAAAUGCGGUACUGAAUUUUCAGAUCCUAAAACAAUGUCAGAAGCCGAAGUUAUUAUACGAAACGGGGAAUUAUUAUGCGGUGUACUUGAUAAAACACAUUAUGGCGCUACUCCGUUUGGUCUUAUACAUUGUAUUUUUGAAUUAUAUGGUGGAACAUGCUCUACAAAAAUAUUAAGUGCCUUUGGUAAAUUAUUUCAAUCUUUUUUACAAAGAAAUGGAUUUACGCUUGGCAUCGAAGAUAUCUUAUUGUUGAAAAAAGCAGAUGUUAAACGUAAAGAAAUUAUUUCCAACUGCAGAAAAAUUGGGGGAGAUAUCCAAAGAUCAGUACUAGAAUUACCCGAUGACACGUCAAUGGAUGUAGUUACAGCUAAAAUGGAAGAAUCUUUUUGGAGUAAUUCUAAAUUUCGCGCGCAAGUUGAUCGAAAAUACAAAACUGCGUUAGACGUUUACACUAAUGACAUAAAUAAAACAUGUUUACCAGCUGGUCUAUUAAAAAAAUUUCCAGAUAAUAAUUUGCAAUUAAUGGUUCAAUCAGGUGCAAAAGGUUCUACUGUAAAUACUAUGCAAAUAUCUUGUUUGCUUGGUCAAAUUGAGUUGGAAGGAAAGAGGCCACCUUUAAUGAUUAGUGGAAAAAGUCUUCCAAGCUUUCUUGCGUAUGAUCCAACACCGAGAGCUGGCGGUUUUAUCGAUGGUCGAUUCAUGACAGGCAUUAAGCCUCAAGAAUUUUUCUUCCACUGUAUGGCUGGUCGUGAAGGUCUUAUUGAUACUGCUGUAAAGACCAGUAGGUCAGGAUAUUUACAACGUUGUCUUAUUAAACAUCUUGAAGGAUUAGUUAUUAAUUACGAUUCAACGGUACGAGAUUCAGAUGGCAGUUUAGUACAAAUUUAUUAUGGGGAAGACGGGCUUGAUAUACCAAGUUCAAGAUUUUUAACAAAAGAACAAAUUAACUUUUUAAUAGAUAAUAGGAAUGCUAUUGUUAAUGAAGAGGUGGUUAAAAAUCUGAAAGAAGAUAUAGAUGCAGAACAAAUUUCGAAACUAACGAAAAAAAUAAAAAAAUGGAUAAAUAAAAACGGAAAUGCUUUACAGAAAAGGAGAAUUAGUCCAUUUAUGAAAUUUUCUACAGAAGAUAUGAAUAUUAAGAGUUCGAAAUAUGUAAAAAUCGACGAAAAUAGUGGAAGAAGUAAAGCUGCACUUUCGCUUAUGAGAAAAUGGUUAAGAACUACAGAGGAAAAUAGAAAAUUUAUUUAUGCCCAAUGUAUCAAGUGCCCUGAUCCAGUAAUGUCAAAAUACAGACAAGACAUAAAUUUUGGUGUACUUUCAGAGCGAUUAGAAAGUUUAAUAGAUGGAUAUAUUGCUAAUAAAUCUAAAACUUCUUUAAUAAAAAAAAGUAAUUUGAGAGAUCUUUUGUCCAUGAAAGUAAUGAAAAGUGUUUGUCCACCUGGUGAACCAAUAGGGUUAUUAGCAGCACAGUCAAUAGGAGAACCAUCGACUCAAAUGACUUUAAAUACUUUUCAUUUUGCUGGCCGUGGAGAGAUGAACGUCACGUUAGGUAUACCUAGGUUACGUGAAAUACUCAUGAUGGCAUCCAAAAAUAUUAAAACACCCAGCAUGGAAAUACCAUUUCAUAAAGAUAUAAAUAAUAUAACAAAACGUGCAAACAAACUGAGAUUAAAAUUAACCAAAUGUAUAUUAUCAAAUGUUUUAAACAGUGUUACAAUAAACAGACAAAUAGAACUUGUGCCAAACAGACGAUUGGUAUAUACUAUGACUGUUAAUUAUCUUCCACAUAAAUUGUAUAAAGGAGAAUUUUGUAUACAGCCACAUCAUGUACUGAAAAAGACAGAAGAAGUAUUUUUCAAGGAAAUGUUUAAGGAAAUUAAAAAAGUUGCAAAAGUAACUGGUGCCUUAUUACAUGUUGAAGAAGAAAGGAAAUCCAUGUACGAAGAUGAUGCUUUAUUAGAUGAGGCUGAGCCAAGCGAAGGGAUAAAAUCUGCAUUGACACCACGAGCAAACUUAGGAGAAUUGCAUGAAUCUUCAGAUGAAGAUGAAACAGCAGAAGAUGCAGAUGCAACUUUAACACGAUCAAUUUCUCGCCACAAAGAAAAUCAGGAAUAUGAAGAUCCCGAAGAAGAGGAAAUAGAUGAUAUAAACGAAAAAGAAGAUGAUAUUACAGAAAAUGACAAUGAAAAAGUAAUAAAUAGAGAACAACAAGAAGAUGAAGACGAAGAUGAAGACAUUGAUAAAGACAAAUUGGUGUGCGGCUCAAGUGAAAUAUAUUAUAAGCAAAGAAGAAACGAUGUUACAAACAUGUAUGUUCAUGGAGUGGAAUAUGACUACGAUGAAGAUAAAUACUCAUGGUGCAAAUUAACAUUUUGGUUACCACUUCAAAUGAUAAAAUUGGAUUUACCGACAAUAAUUAGGAAUGUGGCAAAUAAAGUUGUAUUAUCAGAGGUACCGUGUAUAAAACGUGCUUUUACAUUUCAAAACAAUAAUGGAGACACUGUUCUCAAAACUGAUGGCAUAAAUAUAAUAGAAAUGUUUAAAUACGACAAAUUAUUAAAUUUAAAUAAGUUAUAUUCUAACGACAUUUAUGGUAUUUCUCAAACAUACGGAAUUGAAGCUGCUAAUAGAGUAAUUGUAAAAGAAGUCAAAGAUGUGUUCAAAAUGUAUGGUAUUACAGUUGAUACCCGCCAUUUGUUAUUAAUUGCGGAUUAUAUGACUUUCGACGGCAGAUUUCAACCCCUAAGUCGUAAAGGAAUGGAAGACUCUGCUUCUCCUUUGCAGCAAAUGAGCUUCGAAAGUUCUCUUAAUUUCUUAAAACAUGCUACAUUGCAAGGAAAACGAGAUAAUUUAGUGUCUCCCUCUAGUCGAUUAAUGCUAGGCCAACCAUGUAAAUCUGGUACUGGAUCAUGUUCAUUAUUAUUAAAGAUACAAAAACAACCAGAGUCCUCUUUAUCAGUGGGUGCAUAAUAACUAUGUAAAUAUUCAGCAUCUUUAAUGGUAUUGC